AUGAAUACAGCAAGGCGACUUGCCGUUUUCUUCCUGGGGCUGGUGGGACUCGCGUGUGUUUCCAACCGAAGCCCCGUUCCCACCCCGGUAAGAGGCAACCACUCCUCGGGAGCAGCGGAACUCCGUAGGGAGUUCCGGGAAGGAGAAGCCGAGGGACUCUUUUCCCCCGGCGGAGGGGCGCCCCUCCGCCGGCGCGCUGCGUCCCUCCUCGCCCCUCCGCCGGCGAGCGGCGAGGACGCUUCUGACACCGGCGGGCUGCGCUGGGCGAGGCCGCGCCCGACCCCGGCGGGCAUGGAGGCCCCGGAGGGCAGCGGGGCCGCCGGAGGGCAGCGGGGGCCAAUGACAUCCACGCCCAAAGAGCACCAUCCUCCUCCGGGCCUCCCCGACCGAACUGAUUCAGCAACAUCUUUAGAUAGUGACAGCUCAGGAGAAGACUGGCUUAUAAAAGUUUGCUGUCCAAAAGCCCGGCAUCGAUAUCGUAGAUACGCCCAAGCAAAAAAGCAAUUAUCAUUACAGCCUACAAAGACUGGAUUCUCGCAUUUGGAUAAAGAAGAGGAUUUUAUAGCGCUUACAGAAUGGAUGCCUAUUACACCUUACCAGGUCUAUCCUGGAGUGCCAAGGCAGGAAAGUACAGACUUGGAGUGGCUCAUAAGACUUCGCUGUCCAAGGGCCCAAAUGGAGCAGAUGAGGGCGGAACGAAAGCAAUCUCUUCCAGCAGUCUCUACACCCUUGAGUAGAUCACCCAGCAAGGCUGGCAGAAGUAUUCAACCUGGAGGGACCAAAGAUUCUGAAAACUGGCUGAAACAUUUUUCCAUUGCGCAGGCUGUAGUUAAUGAAAGACAGGAUGUUGUUGGUUCCACCCAGGCCCUGCUGGAAAGAGAGAACUGCUUUGUGAGGGAAGUAGACAGGUAUUUGAAGCACAAUGAUUUCUUAGCUCUAAGGAGGAGGGAAAUGCUGUACAAGAAGUGGUUUGAGAAUGUUUCAAGCCCGCUACUACAGAAAAUUCAGGACAAAGUUGACAACCAGUCAAGUGAAGAAAUAGAGGAAAGGAAGCGAAAGCAGCUCUCCCUUUAUCUAAACUACUGUAAUAAGAAGGGCAGUGCAUUUUUAGAAAGCUAUAAUACUUCCUCUUAUGAUCCUUUCUUUCUGAAGUGUUCUACAAACACUUGCAAGGUUUCAGUUCCACCUUUAUACGAUCCCUUGUUAAAGGAGAUACGAGGAAGAUACCUUGAGGCUGGCAUUAUUCAGCAGUGUGACACAGGAAAAGUAUUUUCCUCCAAAGAGAUGAAUGAGCUCCAUAAGGCGGAACUGCCACUCCUUCCGUUGAGUCGGCAACUUAUGAAUCCAAUAGAGUGGUUAAAAAUUCCAGCUGGAUACAUAGAAAGUGAGAUUCGUCAAAAGAGCCGGAAGGCAUAUAAGAGAGCUAGGAAAGGUAAAGAACAAGCGAGAACACGAAAGAAGAAAAAUAUCCUAGCCAGUAGGGGCUCACCAACCGGGAAAGCCAGGAGCCCUGAGAGGAACCUGCUCCCCAGUCUGAAGCAUGGACUGGUCUUGGCCUAACCCCACUCCUCCUGCCAGCAUUAUAGCCGUCUGCCUUCUAAGACAAGGGAAGGAGAUGGCCCACUGAAGAUGAUUUUCCUACCACUCCACCCCAAUAGAAUAGCAGUGUGGUGUUCACCAGUAUAUCUACACGUUAACAAGGUUUUGUUCUCAAUGUCAAUGAAGUGGAAAGGCAAUGUUAAGAGUACUGGUCCGUUUGCCAUUUUACAUUUUAUUCUGAGUGUCACACAGUCUCAACACAGCAGUGUACAUCUGUUGCAGCAGCAAUAAGCAUUAGUGCCUGAUAAUGGUCUAAUUUCAUUCUGUUAAAAGGAGAAAAAUGCGCACAUCUAGAAACCUGACUUCUGUGGAUUUCAAGAGGUAGGGGGACCCGUCCUGGCUUCUGCUGAACGAGAGAUGGCUCUGCCAGGAAACCAGAUUUCACCCGCAUGCCCUGUCUUUUGACAAAUCAAAUACUAACUGGCUCAUCAGUUUGGAAACCAGCAAUAAAAUCUGCUUCCCAAUGAUAUGCCUUUGAAAUGGAUUCCUUAUCUAAGAUGCAAACCAAAAGCAGUGUGGAUUCUGAGCCACAGUUAGCAGGAUAGAGCCCCAGCUAUUGCAUUAGAUUAGACAGAGAUAGCUCAGGAAGAUGCAUGGCAAGCAACAGCAGGGAUAUAUUUAUUCCCCCAAGUUAGGAGUUCUAACCUGUGUACAGCACUUUUUUAUUUUUGAGUAUAGCAGUGCCGUACAUAUGAAACAUCCUAGAACAAAUAAAACUGUUUCUGUCUGGCAUAAUGUUCCAGGAACACAUGGAUUAAGUCCUUAACAGAUGUGCACAAACCUGAGCACUAGAGCAGUUACUGAUUCUGGCCACAGCACAAUAACAUAAAGCACAAACCUAUUAACAGUAGGGAAUCCUCCUGCACAGAAGUGGGUUUGAAACAUAGCAAGGGAUAUAUUACACUCUUAUAUGUAGACAACUAAAUGCACUAUUUAGUUGAAGACAAUACUAUGGUUUCAUCUUUCAUAAAAUCUACCUUCCCAAAAGAGUGGGGCUUGCGUAGAAGAAGAUGCUUUUGGUGUAGAUCAUCCACUUACCUUGCUGCAGUUGGUUCAGUUGAAAAGCACAGGGGGGCAUUAUACCAAGUAUUAUGCACUGGUAUCUAACAGCUGGUAAUGUUGACCUUGUGUGACCCAAAACCAGGUCCUAAAAGGUUACUGAUUUUGUAAGAAACAGUCAGUCAAGUUAUUAAGGAUGCAGUACUCUUAGACAGUUGUUAGUCCCUUGCAAUAAUGUGAAAGAUACCAUUUACUCAGUCUGAGAUCCAGUUGGCAUGACCAUCGCAGCUGUACAAAAUAGAUAUAUAAAGGAGCAGUAGCAACAGCUGAGAAACAGAUUGAGACAGUCCAGUCAGAACUUGUAUCACCUGCCAGGAGCAAACAUCUGAUAGUUGGACAGACCCUUCACGCCCCUGGUGUAUGAAACCAAUGAAUGAAGAUGGCAGUUUGGAUGAACACUGUAGAGUGUCUACUAAGGAACUUUGCUCUCUCCAAGAUAUUAUCCUGAAGUGUGUCAAUUGUUGAGAAAUUUUUGCAGAUGCCUUGCAACACACACACAAUUUAGGCAAACUAGUUGAAAUGAUUAAUAGUGGUAUUAUUAAAAUAGUAAUAUUGAAGGCCUUUGUUGCUUUAAAAUUUGUACCAAUUCAUCUGUUUAUUCAUUGCAGAAGUGUGGUGAUUUUGUUAUAUUUCAAGUAUGUAUUGAGUUAGAUGUAGAUACUUGCUCAAGUAAAUGUGAAAUAGCUGUUUGUUUUUAUUCCUGCCCAGGAAAAAUUGUCACAAGCCAGUUUUUGGAAUGUGGGAUCUGACUUUGAAUUGAAUAUAGGCUCUAGGAAAAUCACAUUAAAAUAAAAUAAAAUAAGAUAUAAAUAGAAAUAAUUAAACACAGAAAACUUUUAUUCAGGUCAAGUUUGCAAUUCUGUUAAAACUUGUUAAGCAAUAUAGCACCUAAAGGAUACAACUCCACUAACUUUGCAUUGAAAGCAGUACUUAAAUAGCAGAGAGAGGAGUGAAAAAUGCAGAGAUCCUGCCUAUUUCUCCAAUGCCUGAAACUGGCAACUUCUGCUGCCAGCCUUUUUGUACUUCUUCUACAAGGUGCAGCUGUGCUACAGGUCUUUUGCACAGGAGAACGAUCCAGUGGGCACUUUUGCCUCUUCGGGUCCAAGAGGACGAUCUGUCUUGCUGAAUAUUUAAUUCCAUUGUAUCCUAUGAGCAGUACCCGUAACAAGUAUGAUUUACAUUUUGUUUAUAUUUUCUUGAAUAUAGUUCCUGUGUUUUUCACAUUCAGAGGUACAAUAAAAUAUGCUUUUUAAAAUCA